UAAAAGUCAAAAGUAAAAUUUUAUUCAGUUAAGAAGUAAGCGAUUUUUUAGAUUUGAUAUCAUAACAACCAAAUUAAAAUCUCAACAAAAAAAAAUCUCUAACUAAAUAACAAACGAUUUCAAAGCUUCACUAUAAAUGGAGAAGUCUUUCAGUGUCUAUACAGUAAACACAGCCAAAAUGGCGAGCUCAUCAAUCAUGAUCAUUUCAGUUCUUUCUGUGUUCUUCAUUUUCACAGCCAAUGCGAGAUUUUUCCCAAGAAGAACUCUCCUUGAUGAUCCUCCUCCAGCCGUUAACAACUUCACUUUUGUUUGUGAUCCCUCUAGAUAUGACAAUCUUGGCUUAGACGUUUCUUCAUUUGGCUUCUGUGAUUCAUCUCUCUCUUUCCCUGAGAGAGCCAAGGAUCUAAUAGAUAGGAUGACAUUGUCUGAGAAAGUUGCUCAGCUAGGACACGGAGCUUCCGGAGUAGGCCGCCUCGGCUUGCCACCAUACAAUUGGUGGAGUGAGGCUCUCCAUGGUGUCUCUAAUGUCGGUCCUGGUACCCGAUUUGACGAAGUUGUGCCAGGUGCUACAAGCUUCCCCAAUGUCAUUACAACUGCAUCUUCUUUCAAUGAAGAUCUUUGGAAAACAAUUGGGCAGGUAAAGUUAGAACUCUCAACCUUUAGAGAAUGUUUAAUGGCUUGACUGAAAAUUUGGUAUGUUUGUUUUGAUAAGGCGGUUUCAACGGAAGCAAGAGCAAUGUACAACCUAGGGAGAGCUGGAUUGACAUACUGGAGUCCAACCAUCAAUGUGGUUCGAGACCCAAGAUGGGGACGAAUUGUUGAAACCCCAGGCGAGGACCCUUUUGUCGUUGGCAAAUAUGCUAAGAACUACGUUAGAGGUCUCCAAGAUGUGGAAGGAUCUGAAAAUGUCACCGAUUUGAACUCUAGACCUCUAAAAGUUUCUUCGUGUUGCAAGCACUAUGCUGCUUAUGAUGUUGACAAUUGGCUCGGUGUUGAACGUUACAGUUUUGAUGCUAGGGUAAGAAAAAAACUUGUUAAAAACCAGUAGAAAUAGAUAAGAAUUAAACCACAUAAUUUAUGUCCAUAUUAAUGUUUUCUAACCAUGUGAAUUAGGUGACUGAACAAGAUAUGUCGGAGACAUUCAAUAAGCCAUUUGAGAUGUGUGUUAAGGAAGGAGAUGUUAGCAGCAUAAUGUGCUCUUACAACAGAGUUAAUGGCAUUCCAACUUGUGCUGAUCCAGUUCUCUUGAAGGACACCAUUAGAGGCAAUUGGGAUCUUCAUGGGUAAUAAUAAUAAUUAAUUAAUGAUAACAAACCACAUAGAUGUCCCCUAGACUCCUGUGGAUGAAUUAUAAUUAUUUUUCUUUACAUUUCUUAUCUUUUCAGAUACAUCGUUUCAGACUGUGACUCAGUUAAAGUUUUGGUAGAAGAUGCACAUUAUCUACAAGACACAAAUGAAGAUGCCGUUGCUCAAACACUCAAAGCAGGUAAAUUUUUGUACCUUACACUUUCAAGUCCCUUCUUCUGGGUGGAUCCUUUUUUGCUUUCUUGUCAAACCCCAUGAAUCAAAUUUAAAAUAUUCCAACGUAAAAUUUCAGGGUUGGAUUUGGAUUGUGGUAAAAUUUACCCACAAUACACAGAAUCCACAGUAAGGCAAGGGAAAGUUGGGAUGAAAGAAAUUGACAACGCUCUAAACAAUCUCUACGUUGUUCUAAUGAGGCUUGGGUACUUUGAUGGAAACACUGGUUUCGAAUCACUUGGAAAACCAGAUAUUUGCUCUGAAGAACACAUUGAAUUGGCCACUGACGCUGCUAGACAAGGAACUGUUUUACUCAAGAACGAUAAUGACACUUUGCCUUUUGAUCCUUCUACUUACAAAACCCUAGCUGUUGUUGGACCCCAUGCCAAUGCCACUUCUGCCAUGCUUGGAAACUAUGCAGGUCAGAUUAUAAGCCCAAAACUUACUUUUUCCCCCU